AUGGACGCUAACCGCCCGGGCGCGUUCGUGCUGAGCAGCGCCCCGCUGGCCGCGCUGCACAACAUGGCCGAGAUGAAGACGUCGCUGUUCCCAUAUGCGUUGCAGGGCCCGGCCGGCUUCAAGGCGCCCGCGCUGGGCGGCCUGGGCGCACAGCUGCCCCUUGGCACCCCGCACGGCAUCAGCGACAUCCUGGGGCGGCCGGUGGGCGCGGCGGGCGGCGGUCUCCUGGGCGGUCUGCCGCGGCUCAACGGGCUGGCCUCGUCGGCUGGCGUCUACUUCGGGCCCGCGGCCGCCGUGGCGCGCGGCUAUCCCAAGCCCUUGGCGGAGCUUCCCGGGCGCCCGCCCAUCUUCUGGCCCGGAGUGGUGCAGGGCUCGCCCUGGAGGGACCCACGCCUGGCCGGCCCGGCCCAGGCCGGCGGGGUCCUGGACAAGGACGGCAAGAAGAAGCACUCGCGGCCGACCUUCUCGGGCCAGCAGAUCUUCGCGCUGGAGAAGACUUUCGAGCAGACGAAGUACCUGGCGGGGCCCGAGCGCGCGCGCCUCGCCUACUCCCUGGGCAUGACCGAGAGCCAGGUCAAGGUGUGGUUCCAGAACCGCCGGACCAAGUGGCGCAAGCGGCACGCGGCGGAGAUGGCGUCGGCCAAGAAGAAGCAGGACUCGGACGCCGAGAAGCUGAAGGUGGGCGGCUCGGACGCGGAGGACGACGACGACGAGUACAACCGGCCCCUGGACCCCAACUCGGACGACGAGAAGAUCACGCGGCUGCUCAAGAAGCACAGAGCCCCGAACUUGGCGCUGGUCAGCCCGUGCGGCGGCGGCGCGGGGGACGCCUCCUGA